AAAAAAAAAUUCAAAAACCGGAAUAGGUACGCGAAGAGGACGAUUCCUAUGACGAGACGAAGGUUGUUCUUCACUAAUAUUGUCUGGAGUACCUACAUUUUGCACACGAAAUUUACAAUUUAUUGUUUAGCUUUUAUACUUUACUAUGGGUCGUCGUGAUUUUUUAGCUAAAAAUUAAUUUCGAUUUUUUGCUUUGUGAUUUUGUUUUCGUGUGUGAUUUUUCUACCUACCUUUCAAUAUGAACGUAAUACAGGUUUCGGCGUGCCUAAUUAUAAUCGUGAUUUUGAUCAAAUAUCUUCUCAAAUCUAAGAAUACGAGAUUUUACGAACUUCUAGAGCGAUUCCCUUCGCAUCCGAAGUGGCCAUUGAUUGGAAACGCGAUCAUGCUGUUUGGUCCCUUGGAUGAUGUACGAGCAAAAUUUGAAAAUGUUUUCAAACUUCAUCAUCGCGUCCUGUUCUGGCUUGGGCCCCAACCAUGUUUAUUUUUGAAAAAACACGACGAUAUUGCUACAAUUUUAAUUCAAAGUUCGCAUCGUGACAUGCUUGGAGCAGGAGACGAAUGGCUGGGUACAUCGAUAAUGAACGGACCAUAUGAAGAGUGGAAGAAGUCGAUAAAAAUACUGACGCCAGCUUUCAGCCCAAAAAUGCUGACGAAAUAUGAAGAAGUGUUCAGAAGUAGUUCCCUAGAACUCGUUGAAAAACUGAAACCAGUUGCGAAUAAUGGCAAGGAAUUUGAUGUUUGGAAAUUAAUGAUGAAAAUAACUUUGGACGUAGUCACAGAAACUUCAUUCGGCGUUUCGAUUAAAACUGGUGGAAGAAUCGGAGAACAGUUUGGCAUCGCUUUACACGACAUGAUUCAGCUCAUUAUGAAACGUAUCCAAUUCCCUUGGCUGUUGCUACGUCAUAUUAACUGGUUGUAUUUAAUUAUGAUAGGUAAAACCGAUUCUGUCCACAACUUUCAGCAUUAUCCGACAACGGUAUUGAGAAAAAGCAUCGAAGAUUACCAAAAUUCACAACGUGAUGAUGAUGCAUUUGAUGAUGGUGAUAAAUCCAAAGCAGUGAUCGAUUUACUCGUGAGGUACAGUUUUAAAGAACCCAGCGUUACAGAAACACGCAUGAGGGAUGAAUUAUUGGCUCUAAUGUCAGCGUCAGUUGAAACGUCACCAUUGAACAUAAGCUUCCUAAUGUUAAUGUUGGCAAUGCAUCAAGAUAUUCAGCAAAAGGCAUACGAAGAAGUUUCAAAAUACGAGACUGAUGAUGGCACAUUAAACCAACAUGAUAUUUCCAAUAAUAUGCCAUAUUUGGAACAAUGCAUCAAAGAAUCACUACGCAUGUACAGUCCAGUAGCAUUAACUACCAGACGUAUUCAUAAGGAUAUUGUAUUAAAAGAUGAUAUGAUAGUGCCAAAAAAUACGAUCGUUGUGACAUUCAUAACUUUCGCAAAUUACGAUCCUGAUCUGUACAAAAAUCCAGAUGAAUACGAUCCCGAACAUUUCAACGAGGAAGCGGUAAAAGCACGUCCUAAGACAAGCGAUCUGACUUUUGGAAUUGGACCAAGACUUUGCAUAGGUGGAAAGUACGCGAUGAUGUUCAAUAAAACGCAACUGGCUUACAUAUUGCUCAAUUAUCAUUUAUCAACUCGUGUCAAGGAAUUCACAAAAGAUCAUCUAAUUAUGACACUCAGCAUCAAAAGUAAAAUCGGCUACCCCGUCAUAUUUACAAGCAGGCGAUGAAUACUCGGAAUAGUGAAGAGAUUUAAUUGAUGAAUAAUGUUUGCGAUAUUAUAGGUACCUAGACCACCUGCUUACUUAGAUUAAUUAUUUUUGUACCUACGUAAGGUUGUUAUCUAACUAUCUAUCUCAAUGUAUGAUCAUGAAAUGUUCAAUAAAAUAUUUUCACACAGA